AAAUGUUAGCUGAAAAUAUAAUGAUUAAUAAUGCAAUUGUAUGUUUUAAGUUGGAUACUGGAGCAGAGUGUAAUGUACUUCCCACGAAGGUCUACUGUACAAAAAUUGGCUCACUGGAUGGAAUUGCCCCUGCUAACGUUAACUUGAUGGCAUUUGGAAGAAAAAUGGUGCAAGUAAGAGGAUUGAUGAAAAUAAUAGAUUAUUCAGAAGGAAUAGGGAACACUUUAUAUAUCGAAAUAUUUCAAGUGAUUCUGACUCUGAUGAAAACAAUAGUGACUGUAAUAAUUAUGCAAAUACUGAUUGUAAUAAAGUUUCACCUUAUUGUUUGAGGGAUAGAAAUUUGUUGAGAAAACCAGAUAGAUUUCCAAAUUAGGUUUAGAUAUUUGAUUUGUAAAAUUUUGGUUAAUUUUUUCAAUUGUUAGUAGUUGAUAUUAAUUUGUGUUGUUAAUUUUAGGAAUUUAAUAUUUUUGAACU